AUGCAAUUCGUCGCCAAUCACACAUCAAGCCCCAUUCCCAAAGUGUACUGUGCAUUUGAGAGGAAAGGCUGCAAGUAUAUAUUGAUGGAGAGAGUGCAAGGACAAAUUUUGAGGGACGGUUGGUGGAAACGAAGUCCAGAAUAUAAGGCGAAGAUCCUUGCACAGAUUAAAGAAAUGGUUGAGCAGAUGCGGCGCAUUCCCCCUCCUCCAGGCCAAGGCAUAUCCAACGUCGCAGGCGGACCAUUAUUUGAUAGUCGAAUAUCUGGAGGGUCGUUUCACGGGCCUUUUAAUACUCUCCAAGAUUUCCACCGGCAUCUGCGCGAAGGAUACGAAGGCGAGAGAGAACAUGAGCACGACGCGAACAGGCUCGUGGAGUGGCAUAAACAGUAUUGCACAAAGCCAGUAUUCACACAUGGGGAUCUGAGCACAUUGAACAUUCUUGUUCGAGGAGAUGAGGUUGUUGGGAUUGUUGAUUGGGAAACAGCGGGUUGGUGGCCAGAGUAUUGGGAAUAUACCAGUACAUGGCACGUCAAUCCGCACAAUGAGUUUUGGAGAGAUGAGGUUGAUAGGUUUUUGGAGCCCAAGGUAGAGGAGUUGGAAAUGGAGAAGGUGAGGAGGAAGUACUUUGGGGUGUUUUAA